UAUAGCUGGCACUCUUGGUAGUAUAGGUACAUAAUAUCGAUCAGUUAUUCAGUAGUAUAGACUUUUGAAAACCCAAUAAAUUAUGUGUUUUGGGCACUAUAGUGAUUUAAAGUUGUAUUCUAAUUAUUAUUGUAUCUUACGUAGUGUUAACUUAUGAAAUUAAAAAUUAGUUAAUCCAAUAAAAACAUUGUCGGUGUUUAAUAAAUACUUUAUUAUUUUAUAGUAUAUUUUGUUGUAAAUACAUGUAAAUGUUUAGUGAAAUAUUGUUUAGUGUAAAGUGGUGUCAAUUUAGUAUAACUUAUGUUUGAACAUUUAUUGUUUAUAUUUUUUAUUUAUAUUUACUUUAAUCUCAGCUUUACUUAGCGUUAUGUAUUCCUGGUUAAUAUACUCAAGUUUAAUUUUUGGAUCCUGCAUUUUGUGUGACAGAAACUUCGAAAAACGACAAGUUGUAUCAUCAUGCUCAGAAAACACCGAGGAUAAGUUUUAUUGUUCAAAUGGACUGUGCAUCGAAUUGUCACAGGUAUGUGAUGGUCGUAAGGAUUGUUCAGAUGGUUCGGACGAGACCAAAGCCUUAUGUGCUCAAUACGAAAAUAGAAUAAAUAUGACCAUGGAUUGCGGUAAAGUAUAUGGAAAAAACCAAGUGUUGAUCGACAAUGGUGAAAAAGCAGUUGUUGGAUCUACACCUUGGAAUGUUGGAAUAUAUCUAUCAAAUAAGGAAAAUUCCAACUAUGAAUUUUUAUGUGGAGGAUCAAUUAUUGCUUCCAAUGUAGUGAUUUCUGGGGCAGUUACUUUUUGGGAAAUAGGUAUGUUAUCUAAGGAAACAUCAAUAAACGACGAUCUCAUAAAGGUGGCUGUUGGAAAAUAUGAUAAAAAUUUUACGUUUCUUGACAAUGACUUUAUUCAAAUAAUGAGUGUGGAAACAAUUUACCAGAAUGAAGGUUUUAAUGGUCUUGAACUUGAAGGGUACUUUGCUGAUGAUAUUGCUGUUAUUGUAUUAGCAAACAAAAUAUCUUUUAGUAAUGGUGUUACACCCGUUUGUAUCGAUUGGAACAAUAAAUUCAAUGUAUUCAACGGAGAUCAAGGAAAAUUAAGUUAUCUACAGAAGUUUAUACAUUUUGGCGAUAGCUUCAAAUCUUUAAACUCGGUUGUAGUUUGGGGAGACACGAUAAAUGGAACACAAUGUCCUGUUUUAUUAGAAAUAUCUUCACCAUACAUUGACCGUAGUACUUGUCGAAAAAUUUUUAAGACACACGGAUUUCAAGCAUUUGUGACUUAUGAUAAGUUUUGUGCCGGUUCUGAAUUGGUUUCAUCACUCGGAGCCGGUGUAGGAGAUGCUGGAACAGGCAUAAGCUUUUUACACUCUAAUUCUUAUUAUCUAACCGGAGUAGUUAGUGCUAAGGAUCCUAAUACAACCGAUUCAAUCGCAGUAUUUACUGACAUUAAGUACCAUGUUCAAUGGAUUCGUGGACUUUUAAACAAACAUGCCACUGUAAAUUCAUGCGUUUUACCAACUGCUGAAGGAGUUGUAUAUUCUUAUGAAGGUUCUAAUGACAUUAUACCUCACCGCUCAUUAAUUAAACAUCAUCGUACAGUUAUUGAGAAUUGUGAAGCUGGAUAUCAUAAAACGUAUCCUUAUGGUUUUAGGGUUUGCCAGGGAAAAGGAAAAUGGUUAUCAAAUUCUGAGGUAUUGUGUUUCAAAAUGUGUCCGCCUUUAGAGUCAGAUAGCUUAGAUAUUAAAUGUAAUUUAAAUGGAAAGUAUGUUAACUGUUCAAAUUUAUCGAUACCCGAUACCAUAGCAACACCAUCAUGUAAGGCAACAUAUAUUGCACCAAAAGGACAAGAAGAGACCCCUCAUGAAUUACAUUGCCAAUCUAAUGGGACGUGGAAUAAACAGCUAAAUAGUUGCAAUCCGUACUGUGGCAGAGUAUAUGGCCAAAGCCAAGUAUUGAUAGACAACGGUGAAAAAGCAAUUGUUGGAACAGCUCCGUGGAAUGCUGGAAUAUAUAGAUUAAACAAAAAAAAAUCCAAUUAUGACUUGAUUUGUGGAGGAUCAAUUAUUGCUCCAAAUUUAGUAAUUUCUGCGGCUCAUUGUUUUUGGCAAAAAGGUAUGUUAUCUAAGAGAUUAUUAAUAAACGACGGUCAAUACAAAAUUUCUGUUGGAAAAUAUAAUAGGAAUAUAACAAUAAUUGACAAUGAGUUUACUCAAAUCAUUAAUGUGGAUAUUAUUCAUCUGAAAGAAGGUUAUUAUGGAAACACUGGGUUUCACGCUGAAGAUAUAGCUAUUGUCGUGUUACAAAACAAAAUUUCCUUUAGUAAUGGCGUUUCACCUGUUUGUAUCGAUUGGAAUGGUAAAUUUAAUGUAGUCAAUGGUGAUCAAGGAAAGAUUGUUGGUUGGGGAAAAACAGAAAAAGGUAUUAUAAAUCCUACUUUAUUAGAAGCAUCUCUACCAUACAUCGACCAUAGUUCUUGCCGGAAUAUGUAUAAUAACGGAUUUGAACAAUUUGUGACUGUUGAUAAGUUUUGUGCCGGUUCUACAUUGGUUGCAGGACUAGGAGUUGGCAAGGGAGAUAGCGGUGCCGGCUUAUGCUUUUUACACUCUAAUUCUUAUUAUUUAACCGGAGUGGUGAGUAUUAAGGAUUCAGAUACAAAUAACUCAAUCGCAGUUUUUACAAAAGUAAAGUAUCACAUUGAAUGGAUUCGUGUACUGUAUAACAAACAUUAAUUUGUUUGUAUUUUUAAAUAUCUUUGCAAUAAUCACAGCUCGCCAUUGGAAAUAAAUGUGAUGUAUUUCUGGAUAGUUUAUUCAUGUUUAAUUUUCGGAACUGGAAUUUUGUGUGACAGAAACCUCAAAAAACGACAAGCUGUAUCAUCUUGCUCAGUAAGCACCAAAGAUAAGUUUUAUUGUUCAGAUGGACUGUGCAUUGAAUCGUCGUGGGUUUGCGAUGGUCGUAAGGAUUGUUCAGAUGGUUCAGACGAGACUAAAGCUUUAUGUGCUCAAUACGAAAAUAACAUAAAUAUGACCACAGAUUGCGGUAAAGUAUACGUCAAAAACCAAGUAUUGACCGAAAAUGGUAAAAUAGCGGUUGUUGGAACGGCACCUUGGAAUGUUGGAAUAUAUCGAUUAAAUAAGGAAAAUUCCAAUUAUGACUUUUUGUGUGGAGGAUCAAUUAUUGCUUCCAAUGUAGUGAUUACUGGGUCUUUUACUUUUUGGGAAAUUGGUAUGUUAUCUAAAGAAAUAUCAAUAAGCUCUGGACUUAUAAAAGUAGUCGUUGGAAAAUAUGAUAAAAAUUUUACUGUUAUCGACAAUGACUUUAUUCAAAUAAUGAAUGUGGAAACAAUUUACCAGAAUGAAGGUUUUAACGGACUUGAAGGGUAUUUUGCUGAUGAUAUUGCUGUUAUUGUAUUAGCAAACAAAGUUUCUUUUAGUAAUAUUGUUGGACCUAUUUGUAUCGAUUGGAAUAAUAAAUUCAAUGUAGUCAAUGAAGAUCAAGGAAAGGUUGUUGUUUGGGGAGACACUAUAAAUGGCACUCAAAGUCCUGUUUUGUUAGAAAAAUCUUUACCGUACAUUGACCGUAGGACUUGUCGAAAAAUUUUUAAGACGCACGGAUUUCAAGCAUUUGUGACUUAUGAUAAGUUUUGUGCCGGUUCUGAAUUGGCUUUAGGACCAGGUAUUGGUUCCGGAGAUAGUGGAACUGGCAUAAGCUUUUUACACUCUAAUAAUUAUUAUCUAACCGGAAUACUGAGUAUCAAGGAUAGUAAAUUAAAUGAUACAGUCACUUGUUUUACAGACAUUAAAUACCAUGUUCAAUGGAUUCGUGAACUUUUAAACAAACACUUCACAGAGAGUUCAUGCGUUUUACCAAGUGUCGAAGGAGUUGUAUAUUCUUAUGAAGGUUCUGAUGAAAUUUUAUCUCACGGUAUAUUAAUCAAUCAUCAUGUUACUGUAAUUGAGAGCUGUGAAGUUGGAUAUCACAAGGCUUACCGCUUUGGUUUUAGGGUUUGUCAGGGAAAAGGAAAAUGGCUAUCGAAUUCUGAGAAAUUGUGUUUCAAAAUGUGUCCACCUCUAGAAUCAGAUAGUUUAAAUAUUAAAUGUACUUUAAAUGGAAAGUAUGCUAAUUGUUCAAAUGUAUCAAUACCAGAUACAAUAGCAACGCCAUCAUGUAAGCCAACAUAUUCUGCACCUAAUGGACAAGAAGAGACUCCACUUGAACUACUUUGUCAGUCUAAUGGGACGUGGAAUAAACAGCUAUAUAGUUGCAAUCCAUAUUGCGGUAGAGUUUAUAUCGAAAACCAAGUAUUGAUAGAAAAUGGUAAAAGAGCAAGAGUUGGAACAGCUCCGUGGAAUGCUGGGAUAUAUCAAGUGAAUAAAAAAAAUUCCAAUCAUGACUUGAUAUGUGGAGGAUCAAUUAUUUCUUCAAAUUUAGUUGUUUCUGCUGCUCAUUGCUUUUGGCAAAAUGGCAUGUUGUCUAAGAAAAUAUUAAUAAACGAUGGUCAAUUCAAAGUUGCUGUUGGAAAAUAUGAAAGGAAUUUUACUACUAUAGACAAUGACUUUACAAAAAUAAUUAAUGUGGAAAUGAUUCACAUGAAAGAAAGUUAUUAUGGACCCAUUGGGUUUCAUGCAGAAGAUAUAGCUAUUAUUGUGUUACAAAAAAGAGUCUCUUUUAGUAAUGGUGUUGCACCUGUUUGUAUAGAUUGGAAUUUUAAAUACAAUGUAAGCAAUGGAGAUAACGGAAAGAUUGUUGGUUGGGGAGGAACUGAAAAAGGCUAUUCAAGUCCUAUUUUAUUAGAAGCAUCUCUACCGUACAUCGACCAUAGUUCUUGCCGGAAUAUGUAUUCAAACGGAUUUGAACCAUUUGUGACUGUUGAUAAGUUUUGUGCUGGUUCUGAGUCUGUAACAGGGCAAGGAGUGGGUCAGGGAGACAGUGGCGCUGGCUUAUGCUUUUUUCAAAAUGACUCUUAUUAUUUAACCGGAGUAGUGAGUAUCAAGGAUCCAAAUACAAAAAAUUCAAUCGCUGUAUUUACAGAUGUUAAAUUCCACUUUAAAUGGAUUCGUGAACUGUAUAACAAAUAUAACUAAAUCAAUAAGAUUAUGAAAAUGUUAUUAUGAUAAUUUAUUCUAAUUGCAUAAUUGUUAUCAAUAUUUUUAUAAAUUAAUUUCACCCACGUGUAACAAUUUUCAACACCUCUUACAAUUGUUUAUUUAAAUUAAACAUAUAAUAUAGGUAGCAUUAAAUAAUAUAUAGUUUACACAUAUGAAAUUCGAAUAGUUUAUUUGGUAUUUACAAAAUUUGAAUUGUAUAUUUCUUGUAUUAAAAUUAUUUCAAAAUAUUUUACUUUGAAUUUGAAUUAACAAAUAAUUGUAAUACUUGUUAUCAAAAAUAUUUUUAACAACUAAUACUGACCACAUGACGAAAUAAGACGAUGUCGUGACUUUUGACCAUAGUGGUAACACUAAUUAACUUGUAAGGCUGAAUUUCGUUUCGUAAACAAAUAACAUUUUCUUUUUUAUAAAUUCUUUUUUAAAUUUAUUUAAAUUGUAGUAAUUUAGAUGAUUUAAAUUUGUUUCAAUCUGUAUACGAGGUAAGGCAAUCUUAUUACACUUAUAUUCUAUUAUGCCAGCAAUGUUCACUGAAUAGAGAAUGAACAGAUACUCUCUAUCCAUCAGUGAUCAGAUCGGAUUUAGGAUCGUUGAAAAUAAAAUAAUCAUAACACUGACACAAUAGUACUGAUACGAAAAAGAAAACAGUAAUCGAUAUUUUUGUAAAUACUAACUGAUAGUUACGUACGAAAUUCAAAGCAACCGAUGAAUGCAAAAUAUUGUAUAAUAUUAUAGUUUAUGAACAAAGCAUUGCAAGGUUUAUGUUUUCUAUUCUAAAUUUGUAUAUUUACUUGAGUACCUGUGACGCAAAACACCGAGUAAUACACUUUCGUACAUCUCUAAACAAUUAUUCUUUAAUCGCAAUAUUUCUAAUAAUAUAUGGUAAUUUAAUGGGAUUUGACCAUAAUCUAAUACAAUUUAUAAUUCAUAUUAUGUUUUUUGUUCGCUAUGCUGGAUAAUGGUGAUCAUUUUGCUGUUACUGUAUAUUGGAGUUUAAAUUUAUUUUCAAUUUUGUAUGGACACGAGAUAUUGUCAUUUAUUAAUAUCUUUUAUGAUU